AUGGGGUCCGGGGAAGAUGGGACACCUACAAAAUCUUCGAAACCUGCAUCCUCAGUGCAGGAAGCAUCAAGUACACCUACUACACCUGCCUAUCCUGAUUGGUCGAGCUCUAUGCAGGCCUUUUAUGGUCCUGGAGCAACUCCACCUUUCUUUGCUCCACCUGUUGGCUCUCCAAGUCCUCAUCCCUUCUUGUGGGGAGGCCAGCAUCCUCUCAUGCCACCUUAUGGAACACCCGUGUAUCCGGCUAUGUAUCCUCCUGGAGGAGUUUAUGCUCAUCCUAACAUGGUUAUGAAUCCAGGUAACGUACAUGGAACUGCAGAAUUGGAUGGAAAAGCCAACGAGGGGAAGGACCGUCCUUCAAGCAAAAAAACCAGAGGGGCUUCUGGGAAUAAUGGUUCAAUUGGUGUAAAAACCGCGGAUGGUGGAAAAGCAACUUCUGGCUCUGGAAAUGAUGUUGGCACUCAAAGUGGUGAAAGUGGGAGCGAAGGUUCAUCAGACGCAAGUGAUGAUAAUAAUCAGGAUUUCUCAAAGACCAAAAAGGGAAGCUUUGACCAGAUGCUUGUGGACGGGGCAAACGCGCAGAACAAUUCUGUCCAAUCUAAUUUGCAGCCAUCGGCAGCCGGAAAUCUUGUAGCAUCUGUGCCGGCAACCAAUCUGAAUAUAGGAAUGGAUUUGUGGAAUGCGUCUCCUGCUGGUUCUGGUUCUAUGCCAAUGCGCCCAAAUCAAAAUGUGCCUCCACAUGUGGCUCCAUCUGGCAUGGUGAAUAAUCAGUGGAUAAUUGGAACUAAUUGGACUUUGGAUUUGCAGGAUGAACGUGAAUUAAAAAGGCAGAAGCGAAAGCAGUCCAAUCGGGAGUCUGCUCGAAGGUCAAGAUUACGCAAGCAGGCUGAGUGUGAAGAGCUACAGCACAGGGUGGAGGUGUUGAAUAAUGAGAAUCAUACUCUCCGAGACGAGCUGCGGAGGCUUUCUGAGGAAUGCGAGAAACUCACCUCCGAAAAUAUCACCAUUAAGGAAGAGCUAGUUAGGUUGUACGGCCCAGAGGCUGUGUCUAAACUAGAGGAUAACAACCCAGCGGCACAUGAUGGUCAGUCUCGUGAUGAGGAUGACUGGGGGAUGGAUGCAUUUGGCAAAGUUAAGGAAAUCAGUGCUUAUGUCAACAGUGUUUUACAUUUCGCCGAAGGGGUUAAGAAGAUUGGUAUAGGGUCAUUCGUGUACAACGCCUUGUCCGGUGGCAACCUCCGCCGAGCUCUUGGAUAA